CUCAGAGAUAUAUUAUCAUUCAUCAUCAAUUCAUCAUACAGUCACGGUUAACAAACGGGGAUAACAAUUGAAGUAAACAAGGCCAUGGACACGGAUAAUGAUCCUUCCAUCCUAUCCCAUCCACUAAAACAAACGAGGCCUUAGACUAUGGACACGGAGCUACGCACUCCAUUCGCAGGAUUCGUUGGUUCUUGUCAGUCGAUGGCGUGCAAUGCCGUUUUGUGUCUCCUCCUUUUGGUGUCGUUUUCUUCUUUGUCUCCGAGGCCGUGCACCGGAAAAAGUUACGAAGUCACCGGAAAAAAUGGUGUAGUGGCAGCCGAUGAAAUUUUGUGCUCGGAAAUCGGAGUCGAUGUGCUGAAAAAGGGCGGCCAUGCGGUGGAUGCCGCGGUGGCUGCCGCCCUGUGCCUAGGGGUGACCAUGUAUAAAGGAAAUGCCACCCUAAAGGCCAAGGGCCCGCUUUCCAUUGCGGUCCCGGGCGAGCUCGCGGGCCUCAAUCUCGCCUGGCGAGAUUACGGUAAACUCCCUUGGAAUAGUCUUGUCCAGCCCGCCAUUCGCCUUGCGAGCCGCGGGUUCAAGAUCUCUCCUUAUCUCUACAUGCAAAUGAACAAAACAAAAUCGGACAUCAUGGCCGACGAGGGUCUCAAGAGCAUAUUCACGAGAAACGGGAGUUUGUUGGGACUUGGCGAAACUUGCCGCAACUUGAAGCUUGCCGAGACAUUGAAGGAAAUAUCCGAAAACGUGGAGUCGUUUUAUAACGGCUCCCUCGGACAAAAGUUGGCCGAUGACGUGCGUAAAGCCAACGGGAUAUUGACUCGAGAAGAUUUGCGCGGUUAUAAGGUAGAAGUUAGGAAUCCCGUUGAGGUCGACGUGAUGGGAGUUAAAGUAUUGAGCAUGGGCCCGCCUUCGACCGGAGGUCCUUCUCUAGCGCUCGCUCUGAAACACGCGUUUGCCGUGCGGAUGAAUCUCGGUGAUCCGGCUUUCGUCGAUGUUACGUCCGUGCUAAGAGACAUGUUGUCGAAAGACUUUGCUCAGGAGCUAAGAAAAACUAUUGACGAUAGCAAGACAUUCGAUUUUAGCCAUUACGGUGGGAGGUGGAAUCAGAUUCAUGAUCACGGCACGAGUCACAUUUCCAUUGUUGACCAAGAACGUAAUGCGGUCUCGAUGACCACCUCAAUCAAUGCAUAUUUUGGCUCGACUUUUCUCUCUACAAGCACAGGCAUUGUUCUCAACAACGAAAUGGACGACUUUUCGAUGCCUCAGCCGAACGACACUAAAAAUCCGGAAGUUUUUCCACCCGCGCCGACCAACUUUGUCGAGGCUGGGAAAAGGCCACUUUCGUCAAUGACACCGACAAUUAUUGUCAAUAAAGAUGGAACAGUAAGAGGCGUUGUAGGUGGUAGAGGAGGGAGCAAUAUAAUUGCAGCAGUAGCAGAGGUUUUAUUGAACUAUUUGAAAAGACAAAUGGACCCUCUUUCUUGUGUUGUCGCUCCUCGACUUUUUCAUCAGCUGAUUCCGAACGUGGUAUUGUACGAGAACUGGACAGUGCCAACAGGUGGUCAUUUUGAGGUCCCAAAGGAAAUAAGGAAUGCUCUAACUAAAAGGAACCACACUCUUCAAAGCUCCUCAACUGCCACAAUGUGCGAAUUUGUUGUUCACGAAUUUAUAAAUGGAUCGAGUGAGCUCAUUGCUGUAAGCGACCCGAGAAAGGGUAGUUUUCCGGCUGGUUACUAAGUCCGGUUUUCUAAUUGUACUUUGUGUGGUGUUCGACGUGUUUUUUUUGGUAUUCCAAUGAAUGUUCCACUUUUGUAAUCUUAACUCUUAAAGGAAAAUUUAGACUUUGUAAUAGUUGUGUGUGUAAGAUCUAUUUUGGAAUUAAACAUGUGUAAUUGAUUCAUG